AUGGCACCCACACUAAGCACUCUCGACGACGAAUUUGCUGAAUUUGCUGAGAGAGGCCCCGGCUCGGUACACUCGUCUUCUGAUCUGACUGCCUCAACCAGAAAACGGCGUGAACGAGACAAUGAUGAGUACAGCGGCGACGACCUCAGCAAUGACCCUCUUCACCUUGAUCAAUCCGAUCCUGACUCACGAUCCACCACUGCGCCUCCUGACCCAGCCUCGACAAGAAUUCAACCUAACCGAAACUACAUAGAUUCAUAUCAGGACUCGCAAGUCAUUCGAGAAGCAAAGAUAUAUGCCGCGCUGCUCGUCGCUCAACAGCGAGACGAAGACCAGAGUGUCGAGAAGGCUCCCUGGCAACCUUCAAAAGAGUUCAAGGUGCAGACCAAUGUCCGAGCAUGGGUGUUGGGUAUCUUCCUGUCUCCAUGCCUUCCAGCUUACAAGGGGGACAUUGCUGUCAACAGAAUGAUGUCUGUUACCAAAAGAGAACGAUCGGUCUUCGAGCUGCCUCCCAGCAACAACAAGGACUUCGCUAAGUGGGGAACCAUUACCAAUAUCAUUUAA